CAGGCCGAGAGUGGGCGUGGCCGACGUGGGGUGGGCAGCAGCCGACCGAGUCGGACCGGCCCGUUGGGCGCGCUUCCGGGUGUCACCUCCAGAGGGCGCCGGCCGCGGAGCCGCCCUCAGAGUCGCUAGGCCGGACGCAGCGCGGCGCCGCCCCACUCGCCCCAGCCGCCGCCAUGAAAGCCGUGGUGCAGCGCGUCACCCGGGCCAGCGUCACAGUUGGAGGAGAGCAGAUUAGUGCCAUUGGAAGGGGCAUAUGUGUGUUGCUGGGUAUUUCCCUGGAGGAUACGCAGAAGGAACUGGAGCACAUGGUCCGAAAGAUUCUAAACCUGCGCGUAUUUGAGGAUGAGAGCGGGAAGCACUGGUCGAAGAGUGUGAUGGACAAACAGUACGAGAUUCUGUGUGUCAGCCAGUUUACCCUCCAGUGUGUCCUGAAGGGAAACAAGCCUGAUUUCCACCUAGCGAUGCCCACGGAGCAGGCAGAGGGCUUCUACAACAGCUUCCUGGAGCAGCUGCGUAAAAUGUACAGGCCGGAGCUUAUCAAAGAUGGCAAGUUUGGGGCCUACAUGCAGGUGCACAUUCAGAAUGAUGGGCCUGUGACCAUAGAGCUGGAAUCGCCAGCUCCCAGCACUGCUACCUCUGACCCAAAGCAGCUGUCAAAGCUCGAAAAACAGCAGCAGAGGAAAGAAAAGACCAGAGCUAAGGGACCUUCUGAAUCAAGCAAGGAAAGAAACACUCCCCGAAAAGAAGACCGCAGUGCCAGCAGCGGGGCCGAGGGCGACGUGUCCUCUGAACGGGAGCCGUAGCUCAGGAGGCAGAAUUCGGCGUGUUAUCAUUGGGCAGAACUGGAUCCUGAAAAAUUCAAGAUGCUAAGCACCUAUACUACUUUAAGAAUUUGGAACUGAAAUAUGAAGAGGAAGACAGAAAUAAGAAAUUGGGAACCUGAAUAGCUCUGCAAAAAACACCAAAGGACCGUUUUAUCAUUUUCUGUUGUUGCUGUGGUGGAGUGAUGCAGUGGGCACUGCCAGUGGGCCAGGAGGUGGGUGCGCACCUGGUAGAAGGUGUGCGCUCGUGCCUCCCCCACAGAAAGGCUUUGCUGGUUUCUACCACAUCUUGGCUUGCUUUUGGAACAGGCUGGCCCAGCAUCAUUUGUCAUCAAGUCCACUGUGGUGUAUUCUGCGUGUCCAUGGCGGGGGUUCUCCAAUACACUCACACUGUCCAUGUUCUUUUUAUUGCCAGGGCCCGUGUUGAAGUGUCAAGAGAGCAAUCAUCAGUGAUAAUGUAUUGUGUGAGACCUUUGCAUCUUGUAAAUUUUCUCUUUUUUCUAAAAAUAAAUAAUAAUAAAAUCCUAAAUCUCAACAAA